AGGAAAAACACUAAAGGGGUAGCUAUGGAGAUGGAGCGUUUUCCUGGCUGCUUUCUUUGACAGGUGUUGAGUGGGGCAAAAGUCUUAAAACAGAAUUCAGCAUGUACGCCAAAGGUAAAGGAGCUGUCGUCCCUUCUGAUAGCCAAGCGAGAGAAAAGUUAGCUUUAUACGUCUAUGAGUAUUUACUGCAUGUUGGCGCACAGAAAUCCGCACAGACCUUCCUGUCAGAGAUCCGAUGGGAGAAGAAUAUCACACUGGGGGAACCGCCAGGAUUUUUACACUCAUGGUGGUGUGUAUUCUGGGAUCUGUACUGUGCCGCCCCUGACCGGAGGGAGACAUGCGAACAUUCCAGCGAGGCCAAGGCUUUCCAUGACUAUAGUGCGGCCGCUGCUCCCAGUCCAGUGAUGGGCAACAUGCCACCUAAUGAUGGGAUGCCAGGAGGACCAAUGCCCCCUGGCUUCUUUCAAGGUCCUCCAGGAUCUCAGCCUUCCCCUCACACACAGCCCCCACCACACAACCCCAGCAAUCCUAUGAUGGGACCCCAUGGACAGCCAUUCAUGUCUCCACGGUACCCAGGUGGGCCUAGACCCUCCCUCCGAAUGCCAAACCAGCCCCCUGGGAGCAUCCCGGGUUCCCAGCCCCUCCUUCCAAACAGUCUGGACCCCACUAGACCUCAAGGACAUCCAAACAUGGGAGGUCCAAUGAGAAUGAACCCCCCGCGAGGAAUGGGAGGCAUGGGCCCACAGAACUACGGCGGAGGGAUGAGGCCUCCUCCCAACUCCAUGGGGCCGGGGAUGCCAGGGAUGAACAUGGGUCCUGGUGGAAGAGGUCCAUGGCCCAACCCCAACAAUAAUUCAAUAGCUUACUCAUCCUCAUCUCCAGGAAACUAUGUGGGCCCUCCUGGGGGAGGUGGACCACCAGGAACUCCUAUCAUGCCCAGUCCUGGAGAUUCCACAAAUUCAAGCGAAAACAUCUAUACGAUGAUGAACCCUAUUGGCCCAGGUGGAAACAGACCGAAUUUCCCAAUGGGACCAGGUCCAGAUGGACCCAUGGGUGGAAUGGGAGCUAUGGAGCAGCAUCAUAUGAACGGGUCACUAGGCUCUGGUGACAUGGAUGGGUUGCCAAAGAAUUCGCCUAACAAUAUGGCGGGCAUGAACAAUCCUCCCGGCACUCCGCGGGAUGAUGGCGAGAUGGCAGGCAACUUUUUAAACCCAUUCCAAAGUGAAAGUUAUUCACCCAACAUGACGAUGAGUGUGUGAUUUUUUUUUUUUUUAUCUUUCAUUUUACCUCUUCAUCUCCCUUUAUCUGAACCCCUUCUUCCCUGACCACCAUGGUGUGUCUUGCGUUACCCUCCUCCUUCCCUUCCCUCCUUCCCUUCUCCGCCCUCCUCUAUGUGGAUGGCGUGUGGUGCCACACAGCCCCUGGGGAUUCCCCUGGAAAGCAGGACUUCCCUUCGGGCCCCACAUCCCACUGCCUGUAAAAUGGGUGUGAGAGCGUGAAGGGGUCUUAAAACAGCAGGAAGGAUCUUCUCUUUCCCUCCGCUCCGUUGAGAGCCUACCUCUCCUUCAACGAGAACCUUCUCAUGUAGGUCAUCCUGGAUGGAGUCUUUCAUUUAACUCUUGCCCAGCCGGACGCCAUCAUCACACCAUGCAGAACAUGAAUAUAUGGAGGACUUUGCAGCCGCUGACUCAUGCAGGACUUUACAAAAACCUCCUCCUGUGGCAGACAUUUUAAGACGAUGAACUAAUAAUUUUAUUCUUGGACAAUUUUCAUUAAAUAUUUGUUUUUGUGGGUGAUAAUAAUCUAAUUUUAAUAACUGCUAUUAUCCAGCUAUUGUAGGUAUGAUUCUCCUGUUAAAGGGCACAUUGUAUCUCAGCAGUAGCACCAAGGAAGACACGAGAAGCACACGCCUCUGAAAUGCACAAGGAUUUUCAGUUUACAUGUUUUGAGAUUGUUUUUUGAUUGUGUUUUUUUUUUUGCAUCACUCUCCGUUUGAAAAAAAAAAAAUUUAAGACUGCAUUUCGAGGUACAGCUUGCCUCCCGGAUGUUCCUCAUGGACAAGCAAACGACUGUCAUCUGAUGAGGAUGUGGUUGGAGGAAGAGAAGUCUGUUCUGGUUCCGAUUGCACAUGGUUGAUCAGUUGUUUAUCUGUCUUGUCUUUUAAAAAAAGACCCCUCAAAUAACUGCAUUUCACUUGCUGGAAAGUAGCUAAGCUGGGAUACAUUGAUGGAAACUGUUUCAGGUAUCAAAGCUGGGCAGCAGUUUGUAAAUCCCACAUUUCUUCUUGUAUGUAAAUGACAAGAGGUUUGAAUUGUGCUGUGCUUGUUUUCUUGUUAUUUACAAUUUGUCAGUUAAUUCAAGUUGGAUUUUUCUUUUCUCUCUUCUUGACUUCCAUGUGGCAAAAUUUCCAUCUGAGAUUUACUCAAACAUCUGGUCAGUUUUGGGACUGGUUGAUCACUGAAAUCAUUGUAAUACACUCACAAAGGCAGUCUUGCUUUGAAUUGGCAGGUUUAGGGUUCUCAGGGUUUGAUAAUCGGGCAUGAAAAUUCUGCAAUGUUGCAAUGUUAACACUAACAAAACCAGAAUAAACUGUCCCAACUUAACUAAAAAGCAACAGCUGUUCCUGCUGCUGCUAAAAUACAAACUAAAUUACUAUUUAUUACCAUUAUAGUAAAGUUAUUUGUAUCAUUUAAACAUUGCGAUUUGAAUUGAUUCAGGCAGAAAUAUAGAAUAGAACAGGCUUAUUCCACAGAACAUAACAGCUUUUACUUUUUCUGCUCUUAAUGUAGCUGCAGCAAUCAGUAAAAUCAUAAAAGCUAAUAAUAUAAUAGAUUUGACUAUUUUUAAUGUAACAAAGGCAAAGGAAGGACAGUAAAAAUAUUGUUGUGUUUUGGUUUAAUUGAGUUUAAAAGAUUAUGGAUGAUGCCUAUUAAAUGAAUGUGCAGUGGGUCCUUAAAUCUGGUCGACUCACUCUGAAUAGGCGAUGCAGCCACACUAGUCUAAGAAGAAAAUCAAUCAUAGGAAAGUUUGUAAGUUAUUUUAGAUCUUUUAAACAGACUUCUUUUUUUUUAUUUUCAUUUUUGUCGUCAAUAUAUGUGACUGAAAAUGGAGUCCCAUCCAAUCUGCACAAUUGGUAUAAAUCAGCUACAUAUCAGACUAUUUCAAUGUCUCCCUGCAUGUUCUGUACUCUGUCUCAUCACUGCUGCUCCACUCCAGUUAUCUCCGCAUUAUUCAGACCAACAGACAACAAUCAGCAGCUGAAGGCUCUGUGGGUGACAUAGAGGUAUCUUCAGGAUUUAGCAACCACUGACCUGGGAAUUACUCUCCUUCCUUGGAUUUAGUGACACACUUCCCUUCUUUCCUCUUCUCCACCACCUCCAACCCCCCCUUUAAUUUUCUUUGUUAUUAUUUUGUUUUGUAAAUACUGUAAAAUGCAUUUUGAUAUCAUUGACAUGUUUUUGAUAUGUCAGUCACUACCAAUGAAUACAGCUAAAAGUAAAUUAUAAAUAAAACUGUUUUUCAUAGAGAAGAGGAUGCGCUAACCUUACCAUUUGGCUCACUGGGCUAUAAUCUAUGAGUUUCUGUAAAGUGGCUGAAUGUGUAAAAUGCAACGACGUGGCGAAGGCGUAAGGGGAGGAACAAGACAGAGGGAGAGGACGGCGAGAUGUGAAACGAGCUGUGUCCUCCCUCUGCCUCUUUACUCUUUAUUUCAGUCUGAUGUAACUGUUGGCUUUGAAAUGAAAGAAAAAAAAAACUAAGGCAAAGUUUUACAAAGGGCAUCUUUUAAAAAAAAAAAACAUGCGACAUUAUGUUGCAGUUUUUAAUAUGAAGGAUUUUUAUCAGUUCAGGAAAACUUUUAAACUGGAAAAAAACAAGAAGCUAUGAUUUUAAAUGAAACAUUUAAAUCAGAAAUAGGAGGAAACCUCUGUUCUUUGCUUUUCACUCCUGUGAUAGCACUGUAUAGUUGAAAGCUCUCACUGAUCCUUUCUCAGUCCUCUGUGUAUAUUGAUUGUUGGCCAUCUCUGUACUUCUAUUGUGAUGUAUAAUACUGUACCAUUAGGAAGAUUUUCAGGUCGGGUGGGCUGGUUGUUUUACUCGGGGCGGGUUUCACGGUCCUCUCAGAUGAUGCGGCAGUAUUCAAUAUGAAGCAGUCUGUCUCUUGGGUUUGCUUUGUAUUUCAUGGUAGGAUAGUUGAGAAUCUUGUCUUAGGGACUUAGGUGUCUUGUGUAGGUAAUAAAGAUGUUCUUUGUAUGUUUCUUUAUAUUGUAAAGUUUCUUUAGACAGAAAGAAAAACAGA